UUACUUUGGAAUCAGGAACACGGUGAAUUCUGGUCUGCACUGAGAUGGAGCCCGGAGACGCCGACGUAGUUUCUUAGAUUGUUGACGAGCGGAAGGCAGCCAAUCCGGCUCAAAACCCCUCGUUUGUGUUUUCGGUUUAUCAGAGAAAGAUUUCGCAUGAGAUACAUCCGAAAUCAAGAUUUUACCGUCGGCACUAAUCUCCUUUGACUUCGGCUGUGGCCGGACGUUUGCUUCAGACAUAUUUGAGAGGACGCAUUUUCUGUAUAAAUGUUUUUCUGUUUAACGUUGCGCCGUUGAUGGCGAUGAAGCCAGCGACUUAAUGGAAUAUUAGCUACUUUUGUUGAAUUCGUUUAAAUUAUACAUUUUUUUCCUUGAUUCUCCUAAGAAGAAGAAAAGGUUGGGACAUGUAGCCGUCCAAAGAAAAUGUGGAAAUAAGACAUGCACUGUUCAAAAACUGAAAUAUAAAAAAUCUCGUCUGUUUUGUUUCAUUUCCUUGUUUUGUUUGUCCCCGACUUAUGGAAAGUAUUAGGAGAUAUGUUGUUUUUUAAUAUGGGCCAUGUGUGGCGUAUUUCGGAGCUGCCAGACGCUUUGGUGACUUCGUGAGAAGACGGAGAGGACACGUAAAGCUUUCUGUAGACACAAAAGGAAACUGAACAAUAUUACAGAAAGAAAUGCCACAAGUCAUUCUGUUCAAAGUGCUGCUAGCCGGGUGGGGUCUUUGGGUCUCACCAGCUCUUGCAGACCAGGUAUCUGAUGGGUCAUCCUCAGGACAAGCACGGCCUAGCACAGGCAGACUGCUGUGUGUGUGUGAGAACAGACACACCUGUGUGAAUGGCACCUGUGAGGGUGACGCCUGCUACUUCACACAGGUCAAAGGUUUCGAGGAGAAGGGCUGCUUCAUGAGGGAUCAUAUGGAGCAGUGCCACACUUCUGGAAUCCCGGGAGUGUAUACUGAAUGUUGCUUCACGCACCGCUGCAAUGAAUUUUCCACCCCGCCCCCUGACCCAGUAGUUAAGCCGACAAGCCCAGAGGGCAGCAUGGUUCUGAUGGUGGCUGUCCCACUGCUGUUGCUGUUGGUUCUGCUCAUCCUGUCUAUGGGGGUGUGUGGGCUGGUCUGGUGGAGGCGGUCAAGACACCAGCAUCACAGAUUGGCUUACACCGAUGACCGCGACACUGCCAUGCUGAAGGUGUCCAAUGGGGCAGACCCAACUUAUGGGGAUAUAUUUGAUGAGUUCUGUACAUCGGGCAGUGGGACGGGCCUGCCUUACCUGGUACAGAGGACCAUGGCUCGGCAGAUCUCCCUGGCAGAGUGUGUUGGUAAAGGACGUUACGGUGAGGUGUGGCGGGGCACCUGGAUGGGUGAGAGUGUGGCAGUCAAGAUAUUCUCUUCACGGGAUGAACAGUCUUGGUUCCGUGAGACUGAGAUCUACAACACGGUGCAGCUCCGCCAUGAAAACAUCUUGGGAUUCAUUGCCUCAGACAUGACUUCCAAAAACUCCAGCACCCAGCUGUGGCUGAUCACACAUUUUCACGAGCUCGGCUCCCUCUACGACUUCCUGCAGUACAGCAGCCUGGACCCAGAGAGCUGUCUGCGGAUGUGCCUGUCUAUAGCGUGCGGGCUGGUGCACUUGCACACUGAGAUUCUCUCCACCCAGGGCAAACCUGCCAUCGCCCACCGCGACCUUAAGAGCCGCAACAUCCUGGUCAAGAGGAAUGGCCAGUGCUGCAUCGCAGACCUGGGGCUGGCUGUCAUGCACUCUCAGACCAGUGACUACCUGGACGUGGGAAACAACCCACGAGUCGGAACCAAGCGUUACAUGGCUCCAGAGGUUCUGGAUGAGAGCAUCCGGGUGGAUGUCUUUGAAUCCUACAAGCAGACAGACAUCUGGGCCCUGGGCCUGGUGCUGUGGGAGAUUUCUCGCAGAACUGUGGUUAACGGGAUCGUGGAGGAGUAUCGCCCCCCCUUUUUUGAUGUGGUGCCCUCUGACCCCAGCUUUGAGGAGAUGAAGAAAGUGGUCUGUGUGGACCAGCACAGGCCUAGCCUGCACAACAGGCUUCAUUCCCACCCGAUUCUGUCUGCCAUUGCGAAAAUAAUGAGGGAGUGCUGGUUCCAGAACCCCCCCGCCCGCCUCACCGCCCUUCGUGUGCGCAAGACCCUUGCCAAACUGGACCAGGAUCAUGACUACAGCCCUGACAAACUCAAACAGGACCUCUAGACCCUGGACUGCACUAAGCAGUUCACUCUUGCACUUUUCAUUUGCUGGAACCCACAGACUGCCUUUACUGAAAACUGACAUGUUUUAACCAACAUACAGUUUUAAUACAGUUAUAUAUACAGGCUGUGUUCACAUGUAGUGUCUUUUUUUGAAGAAAAACCCUGGCCAGAGCUCUUUUUCAGGUAGAAAAAAAGCUGGCAGCGUUUGUUCCAAAAAGCAAUUGAGAGCGUCUUUUGUUGCCAUAACAACAGCUACUGCAACAUCUAGCGAUCUAGCUGGCUGUACAUUGUUGCAGAGCUAACGUUAGCUAACAGGCUAGUUCUGCUAACGACAAACAGUAAACACAAACACCAGAAACUCCUAGGAUCCAUCCAAUUUGACUCCAAACUGCCUCUUUAUGAUGAACGUUAUGAUACAGUUUAACUGUCAUGUACAGUUCACUGUGCUUGGAAACUUGCACAAUUAACUUCACCGCUAUCUUCUCCAUUUUUGGCAGCUGUUAUGGGAAAUGACGGGUCUCACUACUACGCUUGUGAUUGGUCAGCUGUCAAAAAAGUGCUUGACGUAGGGAGUUUUUUUCUGAGAAGUUGAACU